UCCUUUAAAGAAAACCGGAAACGAGGAAGAAGUAGUCAACAAGCUAGGUAGUAACAGUGAAGUGCUCGUAAAGUUUUAUAGUAUUCCUUUUUUUGAAGACUACAUUCCCUCUAAACCUUAACAAUGUCGGGGUCAUCCAGUAUCGUAGCGAUGAAGAAAGUCGUCCAACAGUUACGCCUUGAAGCUGGCAUAAACAGAGUUAAGGUGUCCCAGGCCGCAGCGGACCUGCAGCAGUUUUGCCUUCAGAACGCCCAGCAGGACCCUCUGCUCACCGGCAUGUCGUCCAGCAACAACCCGUUCAGACCGCAGAAAGUCUGCUCCUUCCUAUAGCACCGACUGACCGAGCCUCCGCCUCUCAGGUUGUGGACGUUGUGGUGCCUUGUGGAACUGGGCUGCAGGACCUGCGCUGUGGACUGGAAUCAUCUCAGGAGUGAUUCGGGAUUUUGGGGACAAACAUCUAACUUGACUGUUUUUGUUUUGUUUGUUUUUUUACUUUUGCCUUUGUAAAAUCUCACACAGAAACAUUUCCAGGUGCUCAUGUGGCACAGUAAAUGUCUUAACCUUCUCAGAAGGCUUAAAAGUAACUAACCCAUAUCAACACACAUGUGCCUUUUGAAUUGUACAUUUUAUCAUGCUGAUUUUGAGAAGAAAUAAAUGGUAUUCCCACAUUUUAAA